UCUCUUCCCAAGUUUCGGCUCUCUCUCUCUCUCUCUCUCUCCUUCUCUCGAUUUGGUGAUUUCCGUUGCGGUGGACUGGUACGUAUCGUUGCCGUUGGUGCCGGAGUAUAAUCUACGGAGUAGAGAGAUUCAGAUGGUGUAGAAUUUUAAAAAGGAGGACAAGCUAGUGGGUGUUACGAUUUCCGAUUUUUGCAAACUUACGAAGAAACGAGUGAGAGAGGGGAGAGCGAUUUCGCUUCUAUUUUUGUUUGUUUUUCUGAAUAGAUUCGUUGGCUUGAAUCUCUCAUGCUGAGGUGUUUUGGACACUUGUUAUAAAAAAGAACCUAGUUUUGGUUUGGAAAAUACAUUUCCAGCCAUGCCUUCUCUCCAGCUUUUGCAGUUAACUGAGCGGGGUCGAGGUCUUGUAGCUUCAAGACGGAAAUCUAUACUGCUUGCUGCUGGAAUCGUAGCUGCCGGCGGAGCUGCUGUUUACUUGAAAUCAAGGAUCAGCUCCCGAAGGCUUGAUUCUUCGCGUCAUUGCAAUGGUCAGAGUGAUGAUGAUGAGGCAUUGGAAAAGAUGACAGGAAAUGAUAAAAAUGCAAAAAAAGCCACAAAAAAGAAGAAAGGAGGAGGAUUAAAGUCUCUUCAGGUUCUGACUGCUAUUCUUCUGUCUCAAAUGGGAAAAAUGGGUGCCAGGGAUCUUUUGGCACUAGUGGCCACAGUGGUUUUUAGAACUGCUUUGAGCAAUAGAUUGGCGAAAGUACAAGGGUUCCUAUUCCGUGCUGCUUUCUUAAGGCGUGCGCCACUGUUUCUACGUCUUAUCUCCGAGAAUAUUAUGCUGUGUUUCAUGCUAUCGACGAUGCACUCUACAUCAAAGUACAUAACUGGGGCCUUGAGUUUACGAUUCAGGAAGAUAUUGACGAAACUUAUCCAUUCACAUUAUUUUGAGAAUAUGGUAUACUAUAAAAUAUCACAUGUAGAUGGUCGGAUAACACACCCCGAGCAACGAAUUGCCAGCGAUGUACCAAGAUUCUCGUCUGAGUUGAGCGAACUUAUACAGGAUGAUUUGACGGCAGUUACUGAUGGAAUAUUGUAUGCAUGGCGCUUGUGUUCAUAUGCUAGUCCAAAAUACAUCUUCUGGAUACUGGCAUAUGUACUGGGAGCCGGUACUGCGAUAAGGAACUUUUCUCCUUCUUUUGGGAAAUUGAUGUCAAAAGAACAGCAGUUGGAAGGGGAGUACCGGCAACUUCAUUCACGCUUAAGGACUCAUUCGGAAAGCAUAGCAUUCUAUGGUGGGGAAACCAGGGAAGAAUCUCAUAUACAACAAAAGUUCAAGAAUCUUGUUAGCCAUAUGAGUGACGUGCUUCAUGAUCACUGGUGGUUUGGUAUGAUCCAAGAUUUCCUGCUGAAGUAUCUUGGUGCCACAGUUGCUGUUAUUCUGAUUAUCGAACCGUUCUUCUCUGGGCAUCUAAGACCUGAUGACUCGACCUUAGGAAGAGCCGAGAUGCUAAGCAAUAUAAGAUAUCACACCAGUGUUAUUAUUUCUCUCUUUCAGGCGUUGGGAACACUUUCUAUAAGUUCCAGGCGGCUCAAUCGACUCAGUGGUUAUGCUGACCGAAUCCAUGAGUUGAUGGCUGUUUCGAGAGAACUUAGUGGUGAUGAUAAAACAUCUUUCCAGAGAAAUAGAAGCAGAAAUUACCUAAGUGAAGCUAACUAUGUUGAGUUUUCCGGUGUCAAGGUUGUUACUCCAACGGGAAAUGUUUUGGUGGAGGAUCUCACCCUUCGAGUUGAGCAAGGGUCUAAUCUUCUGAUUACAGGUCCUAAUGGAAGUGGCAAGAGUUCUCUUUUCCGAGUAUUAGGAGGUCUAUGGCCCCUGGUUUCUGGGCAUAUUGUGAAGCCAGGAGUUGGUUCUGAUCUUAACAAGGAGAUCUUCUACGUGCCUCAACGCCCAUAUAUGGCAGUAGGAACACUUCGUGACCAGUUAAUAUAUCCUCUUACUUCUGAACACGAGACUGUACCACUCACUGAGACUGGAAUGGUGGAGCUAUUGGAAAAUGUUGACCUCGAAUAUUUAUUGGAUCGCUACGAACCGGACAAAGAGGUUAACUGGGGUGAUGAAUUAUCUCUUGGAGAGCAACAGAGAUUGGGAAUGGCCAGACUAUUCUACCACAAACCCAAAUUUGCUAUUCUCGAUGAAUGCACAAGUGCUGUGACAACUGAUAUGGAAGAACGUUUUGCUGCAAAGGUUCGAGCUAUGGGAACUUCUUGCAUAACAAUCUCCCAUCGUCCUGCCCUUGUUGCAUUCCAUGAUGUUGUUCUGUCAUUAGACGGAGAAGGGGGAUGGAGUGUUCACUACAAGAGGGACGACGCUGGACUUCUGACGGACGCUGGAAUGGAGUCAGUGAAAAGUUCAGAUACAGAUCGGCAAAAUGAUGCGAUGGUUGUUCAACGAGCGUUUGCUGCAGCUAGAAAGGAAUCUGCCACUACUAAUUCAAAGGCUGAGUCGUACUUGACACAACUAAUUGCAAAAUCACCAGUUGUUGAUAAAAAUGUUGUGUUGCCUCGUUUUCCUCAACCUCAAACAUCUCCAAGGGGGUUGCCAUCAAGAGUAGCUGCAAUGUUAAACACAUUGAUACCCACUCUACUUGACAAACAAGGAGGACAACUGCUUUUGGUUGCUUGCCUUGUCGUCUCAAGAACACUGAUCUCUGAUCGAAUAGCCUCUUUAAAUGGGACUACUGUGAAGUAUGUCUUGGAGCAAGAUAAGGCAGCAUUUGUUCGUCUGAUUGGUUUGAGUGUUCUCCAAAGUGGUGCAUCUGCUGUUAUUGCUCCGUCAUUAAGGCAUCUAACGCAAAGGCUAGCUUUAGGGUGGAGGAUUCGUUUGACUCAACAUCUGCUGCGGAAUUACUUGAGAAAUAAUGCGUUUUACAAGGUUUUCCACAUGUCAGGCAAUAGUAUUGAUGCGGACCAGAGACUCACUCGUGACCUGGAAAAGUUAACCACUGACUUGUCUGGACUUCUUACUGGAAUGGUAAAGCCAUCGGUUGACAUUCUCUGGUUCACCUGGAGGAUGAAGCUAUUGACUGGUCAGAGGGGAGUUGCGAUACUUUACACGUAUAUGUUACUUGGUUUGGGUUUUUUGAGACAUGUUGCUCCCGAUUUCGGUGAUCUAGCCGGUGAAGAACAGCAGCUUGAGGGGAACUUUAGGUUUAUGCACGAGAGGCUGAAUACUCAUGCUGAAUCAAUUGCUUUCUUUGGAGGUGGAGCUCGAGAAAAAGCUAUGGUUGACACAAAAUUCAGGGCACUACUGGACCACUCGCUCAUGCUCUUGAGGAAGAAAUGGCUAUAUGGCAUACUUGAUGAUUUUGUGACAAAGCAACUUCCCAAUAAUGUGACUUGGGGAUUGAGUUUGUUGUAUGCCCUAGAACACAAAGGAGACAGAGCACUUGUCUCCACUCAAGGUGAAUUGGCACAUGCAUUGCGGUAUCUAGCUUCUGUUGUCUCUCAAAGCUUUAUGGCGUUUGGUGAUAUUCUUGAAUUACACAAGAAGUUCCUUGAGCUCUCUGGUGGUAUUAACAGAAUUUUUGAGCUCGAUGAGUUUUUGGAUGCUUCUCAGUCAGGUGUUACCUCAGCAAACCACUCAAGACGUUUGGAUUCGCAAGAUCGAAUUUCCUUUUCGGCGGUGGAUAUCAUUACCCCUGCUCAGAAAUUGAUGGCUAGCAAGUUGUCAUGCGAAAUAGUUCCAGGGAAAAGCUUACUCGUCACAGGUCCAAAUGGUAGUGGGAAGACUUCUGUAUUUAGAGUCCUUAGAGAUAUCUGGCCCACUGUAUGUGGAAGACUUGCCAAACCAUCAUUGGAUAUCAAAGAACUUGGGUCAGGGAAUGGCAUCUUUUUUGUCCCACAGAGACCUUAUACAUGUUUAGGGACGCUGAGAGAUCAAAUUAUAUACCCUCUAUCUAAAGAAGAAGCAGUGAAAAGGGCAGCAAAGUUGUACACCACUGUACCAGGAGAAAGCUCAACUGAAGCUGGAGGCAUCCUGGACGGUCAUUUGAAAACCAUCCUGGAGAAUGUUCGGUUAGUUUAUCUUUUGGAAAGAGAUGAAAGUGGUUGGGAUGCUACUACCAACUGGGAAGACAUAUUAUCUCUUGGAGAGCAACAGAGACUAGGCAUGGCACGUUUAUUCUUUCACAGACCAAAGUUUGGAAUCCUUGAUGAAUGCACCAAUGCGACGAGUGUUGAUGUUGAGGAACAGCUCUAUAGGGUUGCAAAAGACAUGGGAGUCACUUUCGUAACCUCAUCACAACGUCCGGCUCUGAUCCCGUUCCAUUCCUUGGAGCUAAGGCUGAUUGAUGGAGAAGGAAACUGGGAGCUCCGUUCGAUCGAACAGACGACAAAAUAAACUGAGAAAGACACUUACGAAGGUCAACAUAGUUAAAAACUAUAAUAAAAGCUUAAGCCAUUAGAGCAUAUGCACAUGCAAGCAAAUAUUUACCACCAAGCAUAUGGUAUGUAGUUUCUCGAUUCUUGCUCCUCGAUCCAAGGAGCGGGAGAGAAUGCGUCGAUGUUACUGCUUUCGAUAGGUUUGAUUCUAGAUAUAUAUAAGUGUAGGUAUGAUUGAAUUGGUGGAGCAUUUUGAGUUCUCCCAUGGAGUCAUGUGUUUUAGCUUGAAGAAACAAAAGAUCAUAGUGAUUACUCAUUAUUUAAAUAAAUCUAGGCAUUAAAUAAUGUA